AUGACUGAAUCUGUGCUUGGCAAGGAGAAGGUAGGGAUCGGAUAUAGCACGGGAAAACAAGACAGUGGAAGUGUAAAUUGUCUAUUUUAUGCCUUCAACGACAUAGUCGACAUCUGCAUUGUACUUCACGCUUUGCCAAAAGGCGUUCUUCAAAUUCGUCUGCGAUUUAUCUUCUUCCAAAAAGGAGUGGAAUCAGAAGCAAGAAAGAACGUUGACCGAAGAAUAGCGGUUUCUUCUCUUGAUUCAGUUUACUGCUUUAAGUGUGAGAUCCUGUAUUCAGUUUUAGUUGCUUCACUGAGGACUUCGACAAGGAAUAUCAACAAUUUCCUUACGGAUCAGUUGAUUGUAGAUUGGGUGUUGCGUGUUCCGCCACACUGGUUAAGUGGCCGACAUCUGCUACACGUACUGUUUAUGGAGGUGAUGGGUGAAGAAUGGCAGGAUUAUCGUUGUGUUGAUGCAAUUGGCAAUCCAUACAGCCCCAGAGGUCCUCCAGCAGCGACUUUUCAUAUUGCUGUCCUCUCUGCUCGUAUGACCGCCCACAUUCCCUUAGUCUCAUUUACAUAUUUUGAUCUCGUUCUCUUGCCUCCUAUUGAAGAUCACCUAAAAUUGUUGUUGAGUGCUUGUUCAGAAAAGCAUUAA